UGCACCGUGGUGGGGAUGGGGGGCGCGGGACACGGAGGCGGCACUCAGGCAGGCGGGCGGUUUGCGGCCGCCUCAGCCCCACCCCGCCUCACCUGCGGCAGGUGCGCGGCUCGGCGGGGCCGCCGGCCGGCCCAGUGCGGCGGCGGCGGCGAGGAGAGAGGAGAGGAGAGGAGAGGGUGUCCCGGCUCGGGCAGGAUGAAUAACCCUAUACCUUCCAACCUGAAGUCAGAAGCUAAAAAGGCUGCUAAAAUAUUACGAGAAUUUACAGAAAUAACCUCCAGAAAUGGACCCGAUAAAAUCAUACCUCCGCAUGUAAUAGCUAAAGCCAAAGGCCUUGCAGUGCUGUCUGUUAUUAAAGCUGGAUUUUUGGUGACUGCUCGAGGCGGAAGUGGAAUUGUAUUAGCUCGUCUUCCUAACGGAACCUGGUCUGCUCCUUCUGCAAUAGGAAUUGCUGGCCUUGGUGGUGGAUUUGAAAUUGGAAUUGAGGUUUCAGACUUGGUGAUAAUAUUGAAUCAUGAAAGAGCAGUAGAAGCUUUUGCCAAAGGAGGGAAUCUUACACUUGGAGGAAAUCUUACUGUGGCAAUUGGACCUCUGGGGAGAAAUUUAGAAGGGGAUGUUGCGCUGAGAAGCUCUGCUGCUGUCUACACAUACUGCAAAUCUCGGGGACUGUUUGCAGGGGUAUCUCUUGAAGGAACCUGUUUAAUUGAAAGGAAAGAAACAAAUCGCAAGUUUUAUGGGCAGGAUAUUCGUGCUAGUGCCAUCUUGUUUGGUGAUGUGCCUGUUCCUGCUCAAGCAGAAGAUCUUUAUGAAACUCUAGCAUCCUUCACUGAAGUAUAUGAAAAUGAAGAACAAAAAAAUAAUCCAGGAAAAGCUGUAAGGGAACACAGGAGGGUGAAUGACCCACCUGCUAGACCACCAUCAAGACCAGACCCACCUAAACCUGCUGUUAGACCAACAGCACCAGCUAAAAAGAGUACAAACAAACUUUAUCCUGAACUUCCAAGUGAUUAUGCUUCUGUGGUGAAAGAAGUGCUAUAUCAAGCCUACUGAUGAAGACAUGGAGACAGAUGAGAAAUUUGUCACUGUUUUUGAGAAGCUAAAAAGAACCUCCUUCCAUCAACGAGGGUUUGAGUGAUUAGUCAACCUCAUUGUUAAAAAUUCAUGCCUUCUCAUAUGAAUUUGUCUGUAACUUUUAGACAAUGAUGUUUGUUGUGGCUUUAUUCACUAUAUUAAAGAGCCCUUUCCUACCCAGAGCAUUUUUUUGUUCCCUUCUUGUUUCCUUUGAGACACUUGUGCUGUAAUCGAAUCACCUUUUGAUCUUCCUUUAUCUUUCUUUUGAUUGCUACAGAUUGAUGAGCUCUUUGUCACAAGUCAUUUUCUCUUUCUUCUCAAAUUUUAAAUAGUGCUACAAAUAGCAAAUCCUGAGAUGUGAACUCACUGAGAUCAAUAAGAUUUGGUUUCCUAAAAGCCGUGAUGAAUUCAGAGGAAACUCCAGUCCUUACUUUUUGGUUAUUUAUUUAUUAGUGUAUUUAUUUUAACCUUCUUACACAUUGCUGCUGUAUGUUAAAACCAUUGAGGCAACAUCAGCUCUUUCUGAUUAUGUUGUACCAUGAAGUUGUUUUAAAUUUGGUUUGUGUUAACUAUAUCUCUCUCAGAGAUGCUGCUUUUCAUGGUUACAGUUCUCCAGGAAUCAAGUCUGGCCCAAUUCUCUAUAUAAUUUCAGAGGUGUUCUCGAUGUUUCUUUCAGUAGUCUAUGAAUGCCAGAUGGUUCAGUAGAUCUAUGAAAAUCUGUUUGCUGUGAGUAUUCCAAGGCAGAUUUUCAUACCUUCCGAAGUGUAUUUUGUGCAGGAAACGUGAUGAUCUGUAUGUGAAUUUCUUUUUCUUAGUAAAUUAUGGGGUUUUCUGUGGCCACUUAAGAAAAUAUGCACUGCGACAGCACAGGUCUGAGAAUUUGUAGACUGCUUCUGAGAUAAAAAGCUUUAAAAAAGUCUAUUUUGCAGCUCUCUGAGGGCAAUAGCAUAUUUUUUACUUGUGACUUCGCCUCCCAUUUCACUUAUUUUACUUGCAUUCAUGUUCUGCACUUCAGUUUCCAUCUGACUUAUGAUCUUGUUAUUUUUUAGAACUACUAUCCUGUAGGAUGAUAUUGAUCAAAUUCAGUGAAAAGACAAAAUAUAACAUGGAACUUGGAUGCUAUUCUGGCUGUCUCUGUAUUAAUUAGUACCUCUAAUUAUGGGUGCUGCUAGGCUUGUUUAAACACAGUGUAGUGAAACAGUGGAAUUUUUAGUCAGAGCUGCUAAAGGUGAGUAUUGCUCUACGUGUUUGACACUUUAAUACAGACUUGCUUUGCUACAUUUGUAUCAAAGCAAUUGUGUUAUUUUUAUGAUAUGCUUUUCUUAACAUAGCUUUAACAAAACUAGUACUGUUUUAGAACAGCUCAAAUUUAACUGGAAAUGUAACAUGCUGCUAUUUAUAACAGCUAUGCAGUUCCACAUUUAGAAAUACUGACAAAAAAAUUCUGAUAACUACACUAUAAGAGAAAAUCGAGUGUACCCAAAUCUCCUCUUGAUGAGCGACUUUUGACUUAUUUAUUGUAAUUAAAACAAAACACCAGGAUAGUAGAAUAAAAGUAUUUCAUCAGCUGUGGAGCCAAUAAAAUGCAGUUAGCGCUGUGGUCUCAGGUUAAUAUUUUCCCAGUAUAUUAUAUAAAUUCUUGCUUUUUGUGUGUUGUCAGAAACAAUAUGCUUAAAGUGUGUCUUUAUAGAAUAGUGUCAAUAUUGCAAUUUUUGCUUCUCUCUGUCUGUUCUGGAUUAAGAUGACUUAAAAUGUUGUCAUCAUUCUGCAGAUUAAUUUGCCAACAUGAGUUGUAAUAAAAGUGAGUCAAAAGCUUUCAGCUAAGUAAGAUUAUAAAAUGUUUUUUUUUGUGCCGUGCUAUCUGCAUAGACCAGGAGGGGAGAAGGAAUCCAAAAUAUUUUGCUUUUAAGGACAGAAGGAGACUCCAUGGUUCACAAUGAGGGAAAAAUGCAUUUUGCUUUUGAACUGGAAAUGAAACGAUCCAUAGAAACAUGGGGGUUUUUUGUUACUAAGACUGGCUGAUAUUUCAGAAAUGUUGGCCCCGAGUCAUUUUCGUAGGCAUUAAACUGUACACUUUUCAAGUUGUCUUCAUUAAUGGAGGUAUGAGAACUCAGAGAUAGAUGGAGUAAUCUCCUCUACCUGAGGGUGCACUGAUAAAGGAAGCCAUUCUUUCACAUGAAAUUCUCAUGUUUUCCUGUAACAUUUCUGUGCUGUUACUCCUUGUAGAUAAGGCAGUUAACUGGUUAAUGAAUGUUUUCUCCCAUGAGAACAUGGAGUAGACAUUUCUUUAUGGUGAAUGAAAGAUAGCUAUUUCAAUAAUUAACUGAAAACUGGAUAAAAUAAUUGAAAUAACAAACUCAGAUGAAAUCAGAUAUGUGCCUGCACAGUACACAUCUUGCUGUGGAUGUGUACCGUAUAUUCAGAACUAAAAAAAAAAAAAAGCUACUUUUCAUUCUUCAGUUCAUUAAAUACUCCUUUUUCAAGAAAGGCAGAGAUUUGCUGUAGCAUCAAGUAGAACUACUUCACAUUGUAAGCAAGAACCCUCAUGAAGCUGUGCAGUAAUCCAUUCCUUGUGUACUGUCACUUGAAGAGGAGCUCUAGCAGAUUACAAACUGUAAAUUCAACAAGGCAGCUCAGUGUGACUAAUAGAUAUUUGUUUUAGAAAAUUUUUACAAAGUGAAAUAUGUGAUGUUAUCUGUCAUAAUCCUUCAUGUAAUUGUCUACUAAUUUAGUAAACACGAAGAAGUUAACCCCCUGGAAAUUAACUAAAGUACCUUUUGUUUUGUUUUUAAGAGUUUUAGCUAAGCUUGGUCUGUUUUUGUGUUUUUUUGUGGCAGGGCUUGUGACAUGUUUAUAUUUAGUUACCGGAAGAAUAAAACAUCCAUCUGGUGGUCCCCCACAGUAUUAAUUUUCUUGCUAUUAUGAGCUCUUUCUUAAUGCUAACCAAACCCAGGAAAUCCCAGGAAAUUAUUUUUGAGACUAUUUUUAUCCCUGAUUCACUUUUACUAGGAUCAUACUAUUACUGUCAUGAAUGUAAUAAGUCAGAUAAUCAAGCUGCUUAUGGCUUAUGUUGUGGCAAGCUGAGAGGAAAAUAUGUAGCAUGCAGGACUUCACCGGUCAUACUGAAACAAUAACUUACUGCAUGUAAUCAGCUAACUCAUAAUACAACAAGACACAGAGAGAUUGAGGUCAGACGUGUUAGGAUGAAAUCGGGGUCUUUCUGAUGUGUGCAUGCGUUGGCGGAGGGCUCUUAUGCUAAAUACGAACCAGAUAUACUCGCACAGGGGAACAGCAUUUUUUCUCAUCAUUUUAUAAUGGCUUGGAAUAAAAAUUAGGAAAACAGAGCUAGAUCACAGGAAAAUCUCAGUGCAAUCUACACUUGUUUUUUAAGUGCAAGGCACUAUUAUGGUGAUAAUUCUGAUUCACAGCAGUUAAAAUGUGAAAUUGUUCUUGUGAACAUACAAACGUUAAAUGGUAUAAGUUGAAGUCUUUUGUCUGAUGCCCUUGUAAAGCAUGCAGCUUAAUAUUUUAGCAUAUUUAUGAAAUAUAUGCUUUAAGAGUUAUUUUGAAACUGUGUACCACAUUUGGUAGUAUUUUCUUUCUGUAUUGUUCAAGUACUAGGGCAAAGGCAAGUUUAAAUUGUUUUCCUAUCUGUUUAUCUAGCAAAGCCUUUGGGAGUAUGGGAGCUUCUGCUUCAUUAAUACUAAUAGAAGCCAAACAGAACUUUAAGUACCUCAAGGAAGUGAUGGAUAUACAGGAUUUCUAUCCAGACUGCAGCAAAAUGCCCUGUGCUUGAUUGGCUUGACAUGAAAGCUGACACUCAUCAAGUAAAUGGAGAUCGUUUUGCAGUAAUGGUAGGGUGAAGCUUUGCAGAGCCAUCUUGAUACCAGGGACAAGAAACUUCUCUACAUCUGAAAAGUGCAUUUUUGAGAACACCUUAUCUUCCACGCAGUCCCCACCACUGCCCUUAUCUCAGGUGAGAGGCAGGAAGAAGAUGGGAGUAAAUGCUGUAUGUCUUCCUGGAAAAAUACUGAACACCUGUUCUAUAAUGAAGGGUUAAGAGAAGAUUCUGAUAAUACUUUCCUUUAUUUGGAAAUUAAUUAGUUUUUUUACUCUGAUGGAAGAACUACUUUAAAUAUAGUUUUACAUAAGCAGUAAAAUUACAUGCCAUGGUUCCCCAAAAAGUGAUGUGUUCUCUGUCAUGGAGAGACCUGUGGUCCUGAGUCAGUCUUGGCUGUGCUAGUUCAGCGUCACAUCCUGCAGGUCAGCCAGCUGGAUGUUGCUGAUUGAACCAACAAGGUCAUUCACAUUUUCUGGAAAAACUGGCUUUCUGUUCUUGGUCAUCCUGUUCCUCAUCCAGUUUUAAACAUUGGUGAUGAGAAUUGUCACCAGCACUUCACAAACAAGGCCUUGUACAAUACUAUUAUUUUGUAUGUUUCCAUAUGAGAUACCUCUUUGUCUCAUAUAAUUCUAUUAUUUUUAACCAUUUUUUCUAACCAGUGCAGAGAAGUUUUCCUCCAUGCAAGACUAACAAAAUUUUCAAUCAGUAUUUCACAAAACAUUACUAUAAAAGCUGGCAGAAACUAUAUAGGAUUAAAUUGGGUUUAUUACUUUUUUUUUUUUUUUUUUUGAGGCUGUAGGUUGUUUCCCAGAGUGGGGUAAAAGCUUAGACUUGUAUCAAGUGAACUAGCUUAUGUGCCAAUAACACAUUGGCAGAACUCUUGAAUCUGACAGUACAGAGGUUUUAGAAGCAAGAUUCAGAGACUGUUUUCAGGUUGAGAUAUUCACUCAGUAUGUGUAGAGGAAACAUGGAGAAGCUUGUCAGCAUAAUAAAAAAAUCUGAAAAUCAUUCUUAAAUCGUCAAUUUGACCUGAAUGAAACCGUGUUUUGUUCUCGUCACUGUACUGUACUUUUCAGAAUAUGAAGGUUAUGCUUAGCACUGCAUCUCAGCUUUUACAGUAUGAUUUCAGCACAGGCAUUUUUUGCAUUAAUGUAGUCUUGAACAUAAUAAAGCCCUUGACAUUGAUAAAGUUUAUUUGACCAUUUCAGUUUGAAUGGAAAUUUAAAUAUUUUUGAAAAGGCAGAAAAAUCCAAAAAGUAAUCAGCAAGAGUAGUUACGGAAUUGAUUCUUUCAAGCAGGAGGUGGGCUUUUUAUAUCCUAAAUAUCAAAUGCAUCCACAGAUGCUUGACAAAAAAGGCAGUUCUUUAAUGCAAAAGCUGAGUGUGCUGAAGCAAAGAUAGAAAGCAUUCCAUCAGCAGAUGAAGAUGAUGAGCCAGCAUGUUCCCUAGUAGGCCAGAAACUCAAAAACAGUGAAAUAUUUUUCAUACUGAAUGAGCUUAAUUUGCACAGUAACUUAAACUUUAAAUAUCAUCAGGUCUGUUUCAACCACCAAUGAAACCACCAGCUUAGUUUGCCAGAUGUGACACUGUUCAGUUGUGACACAAGUUGGUGACAUGGAAGCUCCUUCGAAAUGGUCCAUUUCCAGCUUAUGUGGAAGACAUAAAAAAAUGAGCCUUUUUCUGGGUUUUAUGAGUCUGUUAUAAAAGUGUAUAUAAUAACUGCAUUCCAUUCACAAGGAUUUGCACCUGAUGGUGAAUUUCUGAUCUGUUGAGGCUCUGGAGCAAAACGUAUGUUAGCAAACCUUGUACAGAACAUCUGUGGCUAACUUGACUUUGUACUGUCUUUAGCAGCAAGUAUUAAACAUGGAAUAGUUUUCUCUAAUGGAGAACGUAGUUAUUAAUCUAUUCCAGAAACCAACCUUGUAACACUGGAAACCUGGACAAAGUUACUUAGUUGAAGUGAUAUCGAAUGUCUAGCUCUGCAACUAGUUCAGAAGAGGGUUUGCGAGGCAGUUCCUGGGGAAGUGGAAGAGGGCUUAGCAUUUGGUUUCGGAUUCCUUCCAGAACUGGGGUGUGCAUUUAGUACUGAGAGGUAUUCAAGAAUGUAGUUCCUGGAAUGAUACAGGCCCUUCUUGAUGUUAUCCAAUGUACCCUGAAUGUUUUGGUAUUGCCAUAAAUCUACAGCUGCCGUGACAAAACAGACAUCAGGUCUUUUGGGUAUGGGGCGCUUCUUUGCCUUUAAGUGAUUGUAGAGUAGAGAAAAGCAACUGGUGCCGGCCACCCUCUUCACAGGGGGUUUGUGCAGCUGACAGCACAAAUAGGUAUUUGUGUGGGCAUUGGAUGGGUGCUGCUUUACUGCAGUGUCAGCAAAGCUCAGUUACUCCAAAAAGUCCAUCCAUGUAUUUUUAGCUAUGAAGAAGAAAAUGUUUUCAGAUUUCAAUGUUGAAUUUAAAUACUUUGAGAAUCUUAAGAAGCUUUUUUUUUUUUUU